GUAUCUAAUCGCAUGUUGCACACUUGAGGCGUUCUUCGGUUUAAGUUUAAAAGGAAGGAGAAAGUUGAAUACACUUUACAGAUCAAGAAAUAAAAAAAACCUAAAGGAGUCAUAUAAAAGGAGUGAGAGUGAUAAAGAGUGAUCAAUUAACACAGUUGCUUGAUCGCGGAGCCCUGAUCAAGCGCUCUUAGACCUAAUGGUCCGUUGUGGUGUUGGUCAUGCUAAGGAUGUAUGAAAUCUAGAAGAUUAGUGACACCUACCAAAGCAAGCUCAGCAAGGCAAUCGAAAAAGAAAAUUCCGAGAAAAAGAUAACGGAUCGCACUGGGAGCUGGAUAGUGACGGAUGUAGUACUCCAUUGUUUUCUCCUCAUCUGCCUUACUGCAGCUGCAGUAGAAGUCAUUUGAGAAGCAGCCCACCUUGUAUUAGCAGAUAGUCUUUUGGCGUUGCGGCUCGCAUGGAUCUUUGGAGGCAAGACUGAGCAAAACUAUUCGUUUCUAUCAACUGAAAUAGCACUUGAAGGCGAACAAGUUCAGUAUCAAUUAUGGAUAAUGACGAGUCAACCCCUAAACCUUCAGGGGCUUUCCUCAAAGCAGCCACAGCCUAUACAUCGAUCUCUCUAACGGAACCAGUGAAACUCCGCUUGUCUGAUGAAGUUAUCGCCACAGACCCGCCACAAACCAUACCACAAUUUUUCCAUGAAACUUGUCGCAAACAUGCCAAUCUGCCAGCUUUGGUUUAUGAUAAUGAAACAAACAAUAAUAAAAGUAACAACAAGGAGAACAAUAUUCCAUGUGCGUGGACGACAGUAACCUAUGCUGAAUAUGCACAGAAUGUGGAAAAGGUAGCCCUUGCGUUGAUGCACGUAGGCUUACGACCCCACACAACAUGCGGAAUACUCGCCUUCAAUUGCCCGGAAUGGUUUUAUACCGAAAUGGGUGCGCUGCGUGCUGGUGGCGUUGUGACCGGAUUAUAUCUGACCAGUUCAACGGAAGCAGUGCGGCAUAUGCUCGAAACGGCGGAAGCGACCGUCUGUGUGGUGGAUGAUGCGGAGCAGAUGGCUAAGGUACGCGAAGUUAGCGGUAGUUUACCGCAUUUGCGUGCCGUUAUACAGUUGCACGGGCCGUUUGAGGAAUUUGUGGGCAACACGCCGGGUUACUAUCGCUGGUCGGACUUAAUGGCUUUGGAAUUCGACGCCAAAUUGAAAGAUGAACUCAUAAAGCGUGAGCGCAAUAUAGCUGCUAAUGAGUGUGCUUUGCUGGUGUUUACGUCCGGUACUGUCGGCUUGGCUAAAGCGGUUAUGCUGUCGCACGAUAACAUAGUAGCAAAUGCCAAAGCUUUGCCAUUAAAUGUAGAUUUUAUCGAUGGGACUGAGAUAACUGUAAGCUUUUUGCCACUGAGCCAUAUCGCCGCACAAAUGUUCGACAUAAUGGUCAGCCUCAAUGAUGGUGGUUGCGUGUAUUUUGCAGAUCGUGACGCUCUCCGUGGAAGUUUGAUAAAAACAUUGGUCGCCGCACGACCGACCAGGUUCUUCGCUGUACCGCGUGUGUUGGAAAAAAUGCGCGAACGCCUGAAACAAGUUGAGGCCGAGUCUUCGUGGCUCAAGCAACAAAUUUUGAGAUGUGCACGAUACGCAAUGAUGGAAUGCCACUUGAACCACGAUGGAAGAGGCAAACCAGUUUCUUCUGUUAAAUAUUGGUUAGCUUCUUUCGUGACGCAAAAAAUUCAACAAGCUAUGGGCUUAGAUCGCUGCAGACUGAUGAGCGCUGGUGGGGCCCCGACUUCGGGCGAACUGAAAGAAUUCUUCCUGAGUAUAGAUCUGCCAAUACUGGAGGCUUAUGGGCUCUCUGAGACUACGGGUGGAGCAACAAUAGCAAUGGAGUCCCGUCGAAUAGAAGCCACAGGAAAGCCAUUUCCGGGUAUGGGAGUCAAAAUUGAUAAGAACGAAGGAGUAGAUUCUGGCGAGAUCUGCUUCCUUGGACGUUAUGUAUUUAUGGGAUAUUUGAAUGAACCGCAAAAAACUCAAGAAGCCUUAGACGCCGAUGGUUGGUUUCACACUGGCGACAUUGGCAUUUUAAGUCCCAAUGGUGGCCUCAUCAUAAGCGGUCGUUUGAAAGAGCUCAUCGUUACAGCGGGCGGUGAGAAUAUACCACCGGUGCAUGUGGAAAAUCUGGUGAAAAAGGAGUUGCCUUGCGUGAGUAAUGCCAUACUCGUGGGUGACAAUCGAAAGUAUCUCACAAUACUGCUGACAAUAAAGACCGAUAUGGAUCCGCAAACCGGUAUGCCUCUGGACACUCUGCAACCAGCAGCUAUUGAUUGGUUAAAGACACUGGGUCUCAGUUACACUCGCCUUUCUGAAGUGCUGCGCAUACCAGCGGAUUUGUUAGAUUUCGAUGCUGCAACGGUAGUAGUACAACCUGAUCAGAAGGUAUUAGAAGCUAUACAGGAGGGCAUAAAGCGGGCGAAUGAAAAAUCCUUGUCGCAUGCUCAAAGAGUUCAGAAAUUCGCAGUUUUACCUCACGAUUUUUCAAUACCCACGGCUGAAUUAGGGCCCACUUUGAAGUCACGAAGGAACGUUAUUUUGCAGAAAUACGCUAAAGUUAUCGAACGUCUUUAUGAAUAAAAUUAAGUGAAAGAUUUUUUUCAAAAA